AUGGGCAGAUCUACGAGAGUGUUGCGACCAACAUAUUACGAGAUCCUGCAAAUACCACACGACAGCAAGCCUAUCGAUCCCACCGAGCUGAAACUCGCGUAUCGCCAGGCUUUGUUGCUUCAUCAUCCUGACAAAAACUAUUCGUCUUCGCCGGCAACCUUGAAUACUACCCACAUAUCCCAGUAUGCCCUUUCUAUAGAUCAGAUCACUGAGGCAUACAAGACUCUGUCCAGCACCCUUGAUAAGGCGGAAUAUGACAGGUUGUUGGCAAAGGACGCCAGGAGGCUGAACAAAGCGCCAAAGGAGGUACACCACCCUGGGUUAGAAAUAUUGGAUUUGGAGGAGCUCUCUCUUAACCAUCAGACGAACACCUGGACCCGGCAGUGCAGAUGUGGGGAUGAACUGGGAUACAAUGUGACUGAGUCAGACUUGGAAGAGGAAAGCGAGCAUGGAGAAAUCUACCUAGCAAUGACACGGAGGAUCCUCCUCAAGGGACCAGACCCAUCUCUGAAAUAUGAAAACCUUGAGAUUCCCGUUUCUCCCGCACUGCUUUGUCUGGGCGGUCUGUGUACCGAUAGCGAAAAGAAGGCCCCAAAUGGACCAAUGCUCAUGAUUUCCUCAGACUAG